ACUUUAUAACUCUCAUCAAAUUACAAUUUACAAACAAAUUGUAAUGGAGAACCAAUCUAUGUCUUCUUCAAGCUCCUCCACACACAAACAUGAUCAAAAACUCAAAAGUUCCGUUGUGGCUGUGGAGGUCCUGGAGGAGAAGGAGACAGUGAACAAUCCGGACAUGUAUUAUAAUAAGAUUUACAUCUGUUACUUGUGCAAGGGAGUGUUUCAGACCCCUCAUGCCCUUGGCGGUCACGGAAACACCGAGAAGGAGGACCAAGAACUGGAUAUGCAGCAGAAGAUCCAGAUCGAGUCAAGGCUUUCUAACAAAGAAAAGUCUAACUUGCUCUUUGGUGGGUCUUCACAAGAUGUUUUAUCAAAUGAUAAUCAUCUUGGACUCUCUCUUGGUCAGUCCAUAGGAGGUAGCAGCAGCAGCAACGCUUACCCGUUGGUUAAUGUUGGAGUCACAGAUAUGAACAUGAACAACUAUAGCUUACAUGAUUUACCAAAUGAUAUUAAUCUUGACCUUACUCUCGGUCCAUCUAACUCCAUAGGAGGUAGCAACGAUAAUAACAAAAUUAACUCAUAUGUCAAUGAGGAAGUCACUAGAGAAACCACGAAUAUGAUCAUUCCCGUGCGUCCUCGUGUGUCUAGAUACCAUUUUGUUGCUGGAAACCCUCUUGAUUCAAUCACUAGAAAUAUUCCUGAUCUUUCUAUUGCUCCUCCUCAUCGAAACACCUAUCUUUUUCAUGAUUCGUUUUCUUUACAAGAGAAUGGCUCGGGCUCUAGUCACUCAUAAAGUCUCCUCUCAAAGGGAAAGAACAAAGUCAUGGUGCCUGA